AUGCCAACCAGCUAUUCGAUUCGGAGUUCAGUGAACCUGCUGGAUGCUGGAUGCAUGGAAACAACGGAACAUAUUGGACAGACACGCGAGAAGCUGUGCUGGAACGGGAUGGGCGUAAGUGUGCUUUCAUUGAAUACACAUCACAACCAACAAAAUGGCUCAGCGACCGCUCGCAAGUCUACUGGAGGAAAGGCUCCUCGCAAGCAGUUGGCAACGAAGGCCGCUCGCAAGAGCGCUCCAGCCACCGGAGGAAUAAAGAAGCCCCAUCGCUAUCGGCCAGGCACCGUCGCCUUGCGUGAGAUCCGUCGCUAUCAGAAAUCCACCGAACUGCUGAUCCGAAAGUUGCCUUUCCAACGUCUGGUCCGUGAAAUUGCCCAGGACUUCAAGACCGAUCUGCGCUUCCAGAGCUCAGCUGUUAUGUCUCUGCAGGAAGCUAGCGAGGCCUAUCUGGUCGGUCUGUUCGAGGAUACCAAUCUGUGUGCCAUCCACGCCAAGCGCGUCACUAUCAUGCCGAAGGACAUCCAGCUGGCUCGUCGUAUUCGUGGAGAACGCGCUUAA